AUGCUUCUAUACAGGACACGAGCAGUCAAAGCGUUUUUAAGGAAAUGUCAGUUCUAUUUAUUGCUGGAUACGGUCAAAGCCUCAGGAAGUACGCGGAUCGAUGCACAUGUAGGUGGGAGUGAGCGAGACGUGAUUUGUUUUGAAGCUGGACAUAUAGCCCGAUUAGCCGAUGGUGCUGCUGUUGUUUCGCAGGGCGGUACUUCU